UUGACAAAUAAAUUCAAGUUUCCGAUUCAAAUGAACGAAUUACAAAAAUGUAAAGUGAAAGUUUUUCCGGAGUUGAAUCACGAAUAAGAACGUUUUUAGAAUUUCGUAAUAUUAUAUGGCUUGAGGCUUCAGAUGAGCCACGAUAAGAAACAAGACUGGUAGUGAUAUAUACAAUUUUUACAUAAUGGAUCCUGCACUGCAGAGCAAUGGAGAUCUAAGACAGAGGAGAGAAAAAAUAAUAGAAAGUACAAAUAUAAAUGAAGAUGAAGUAAAAGUUAAAAAGGAGGCAAACAAUGGAAAAGUCAUUGGCAUGGUUUUUAUAUCGCUACUGUUAGAUCUCCUAGCUUUCACUAUGAUAUUGCCUCUACUACCAUCUCUAUUGGACUAUUAUGAUAAGCAAGAAGGGAAGUCAAAUACAUUGUAUGCAUCUUUACUGAAUGCAGUUCAGAGUUUCCAAAAACUGACAGGUGCACCAGAUCGUUUUGCGUCUGUUCUAUUUGGUGGCGCUCUAGGAUCCAUGUACAGCUUCCUACAGUUCCUCACAAGCCCAAUAGUUGGCAGUCUCUCUGACGCUUAUGGAAGAAAACCCAUGCUGCUUAUGUGUUUAUUCGGGAUAGCCUUAUCGCAUGGUCUGUGGAGCUAUGCGAGCACAUUCAGCGUGUUUGUUUUGGCGAGGUUCAUCGGGGGUUUGAGCAAAGCGAACGUGAGCUUGAGCAUGGCGGUGGUCACUGACGCUUCCGACGAGAAAACCAGAGCUAGAGGAAUGGCACUGGUAGGCCUAGCGUUCUCGGUGGGGUUCAUAGUGGGUCCGCUGGCCGGCGCGUGGUUCGCCCGCAGCGCCUCCGGCUCGUGGGGCGAGCGGCCCGCGCUCUACGCACUCGCACUGUCGCUGGCUAAUGUCGCUCUUGUCGCCUUCCUUGUACCUGAAACUUUGGCUAAGGAUAAAAGAGCUCCACUCUCGCUAUCGCUCGCUAAAGUUGUAGAUUUCGUAUCUCCGUGGCAUUUACUAAAUUUUACGGCUGUUAAGAAUCUGUCGAAUCAUCAGAACAAAGUAUUAUCGAAGUUGGGACUGAUUUACUUUAUUUAUCUAUUUAUUUACUCCGGCCUGGAGUUCACCAUUACAUUCCUGACGCAUCACACCUUCCAGUACACGGCGAUGCAGCAAGGGAAAAUGUUCUUAGUCAUAGGUGUAAUAAUGGCGGUGCUGCAAGGCGGCGCGGCGCGCAGGCUGAGCCCGCGCGGGGCCGAGCGCGCGGCGCGGCUGGCGCUGCUGCUGACGCCGCCCGCCUUCCUGUGCGUGGCGCUGGCCGCCGCGCACGCGCCGCCGCUGCUGCCGCCGCUGUACUGGCUGUGGGCCGGCCUCGUGCUCUUCGCGUUGGCGACAGCAUUCGCGGUGUCGUGUAUGACGGCGAUGGCGGCCGCGCAGGCGCCGAGCGAGGCGCGCGGCGCGGUGCUGGGCACACUGCGCUCGCUGGGCGCGUUGGCGCGCGCCGCCGGCCCGCUGCUCGCCUCCACCGCUUCAGGAAGAGCUGGUGCGGCACAUAAAGAAAAUAUCCGCCUCAAGAAGGAAUUGGAACAGCUUGAAGAGGAAAACAAUAUGCUAAGGUUGAAAUUUGAAAUUUUACUCGACAUGAUGACUGAUAAGACAGUAGAAGCCGAACAAGAAAUACAGAGAGCUCAGAGCAUGGGCUCCUUGAAAGGGAAGAGUAAAAAGCAAAAAUGGUAGAUAAAGUUUCCAUAAUAUUUGUGUAAAAUGUUAAUAAACUAGCCGACGCUCCGUGCCUUUCAUUGCGUAGUUCCCGUUACUGUUACGGGGAAUACAUGGGCAAAGUAUAGCCAGUGGCCUUAGACCAUUAAUAACGGUCCAAGCCUGUGGCAGCAGUGCUACCAACUCCCAAAAAAAAAAUCCCUAAAGUUUGUGUCAAAAACCCCUAAAAUCACUUUCAUUAUUGAGUUGUCCCCCUAAAAAAUAUAAAUUCAUAAUGAUUUAGAAAUAAUAUGCUGUAAUAUGUUUCAAAAGUCAAUAAAUUUUUUUAAUGAUACAUGUUGACAUUGAAUAAAUUAAACAAUUUUUUUUAUUGGAUAAAAAUUGCAAGCAGUUGCCACAGAGUUGUGUAGAAUUAUGUGUAAGGUAUACGUCGUUAUAAGUCGCUAGGUCAAGAAAGAAAUAUUAUUAUUUUCAAUUUAAAAAUACAUAUCAAAGAGUCAAAAAAAUCCCUGAAAAUACCCCUAAAAAAAUCCCAUCUCACUUAUUUACCCCCUAAAUCUGGGGGGAAACCCCCUAAGUUGGGAACCCUGUGUGGCAGUCAGAAAUAUUGUGGCUUUCUAUUAACUUUCUAAAUCGGUUCUGUAGAUCCAGAAAUUACCCCUAUUACCUCACAAAAAAAACUUUACCUUAUCCAUCAGUAAAUUAAAUAAAAUUCUGUAAUUUUAAAAUAACUGAUUCCUCAAGUGAUUAUUGUAUUACACCCUACUAAAACUUAAUCUAGUUUUUUUUUGAAAUUUUUGUCUAUUAGUCGUUUUUGACGGCCUCCGUGGCGCAGUGGUAUGCGCGGUGGAUAUACUAGACGGAGGGUGGGUUUGAUCCUAGGCCCCGGCUGGGACGAUUGAGGUUUUCUUAAUUUUAAAUUGGUGUUUAAAUAUUUUAAAAAUUGUUUCCAAAAACUAAAGAAAUAAUAUGGAGUAUUUUUUCAUUGGUAAUUAUUGAUUAUUAUAUUAAUUUACGUAAAUAUCAAAAUAAUUAUUGAUUAUUAUAUUAAUUUACGUAAAAAAAAUAAGAAAAUAGUUUGUAUAAGUGGACGUAAGGGAGACGUGUGACAUUUGUUUUUUU